AUGUGGAACUCGCCCAAGGUCGGAAUUCUCGGCGGCGGCCAGCUCGGCCGCAUGCUUGUCGAGUCCGCCAACCGAUUGAACAUUCAGUGCAACGUUCUCGACGCCGAGAACUCCCCGGCCAAGCAGAUCAGCUUCCACCACGGCCAUGUCACUGGUUCCUUCAAGGAGCGCGAGGCAGUGCGCCAAUUGGCCAAAACUUGCGACGUCCUGACUGCCGAGAUCGAGCACGUUGACACCUAUGCGCUCGAGGAGGUCGCUUCCGAGGUCCGCAUGGAACCCAGUUGGCAGGCUAUCCGCACGAUCCAGAACAAGUUCAACCAGAAGGAGCACUUGCGCAAGUACGGGAUCCCGAUGGCGGAUCACCGGGAGCUGGUCGAGAACACACCCGAGGAAUUGGCCAAGGUUGGGGAGCAGUUGGGCUACCCCAUGAUGUUGAAGUCGAAGACAAUGGCAUACGACGGCCGGGGGAACUUCCGCGUGAACUCCAAGGCCGAUAUCCCUGAGGCGCUCGAGGCUCUCAAGGACCGACCAUUGUAUGCGGAGAAGUGGGCCUACUUCAAGAUGGAACUUGCUGUCAUGGCUAUAAAGACCAAGGACGGCGUUCUGUCAUACCCCACCGUCGAGACCGUCCAGGAGGACUCAAUAUGCAAGUUGGUGUAUGCACCGGCUCGGAACGUCUCCGAUAAGAUCAACCAGGAGGCCCAGGCUCUUGCCCGCAAGGCUGUUUCCGCGUUUGAGGGCAAGGGUGCUUUUGGCGUUGAGAUGUUCCUCCUCGAGGACAACAGCCUGAUGCUGUGCGAGAUCGCCAGCCGAAUCCACAACUCCGGCCACUGGACCAUUGAGGGCUGUGCACUGUCGCAGUUCGACAGCCACAUGCGUGCUAUUCUGGACCUCCCCGUUCCGGCCAAGAGCCUGGAAAUCCGUACACCCUCGAUCAUGCUCAACAUCAUCGGUGGCGCUACCCCCGAUUCCCACCUGAAGGCUACCGAGGCCGCGCUCUCGAUCCCCAACGCGAGUAUCCACCUGUACAGCAAGGGUGACGCCAAGCCUGGUCGGAAGAUGGGCCACGUCACCGUCACUGCUGCGACAAUGCAUGAGGCCGAGACCAUGAUCCAGCCGCUCAUCGAUGUUGUUGAUGAGAUGCGCGCCCAGCGCAGCGACAUCAAGACCAAGCCCGCUGCGUCCGGCCCGUCCAAGCCCGCUCCCCAAGUGGCCGUCGUCAUGGGCUCCGAUAGUGACUUGAAGACCCUGGUGCCGGGUCUCAAGCUUCUGGAGAACUACUUCGGCAUUGAACCCGCCGUGGAGAUCACCUCUGCCCACCGCACCCCCAACUAUAUGGCCGAGUACUCCGCCGAGGCUGCCUCGCGCGGUAUCAAGGUGAUCAUCGCUGCCGCUGGCGGUGCUGCUCACCUCCCUGGUAUGGCUGCCGCUCACACCGCGCUACCUGUCAUUGGUGUCCCCGUCAAGGGAAGCUCGCUGGACGGCGUGGACAGCCUGUACAGCAUCGUUCAGAUGCCUCGUGGUGUCCCCGUCGCAACCGUGGGGAUCAACAACAGCAUCAAUGCUGCGCUCCUCGCCGCCCGCAUCGUCGGCGCCUUCGACCCCGCCAUCCAAGCCAAGGUGGAGAAGUACGCCGAGGAAGCUCGCGCAGAGAACAUGGAGAAGAAGGGAACCAAGCUCCGGGAACUGGGCUGGGAGAAGUACUUUGAGCAGAUGUAA